AUGGGCCCAGAGCUGACAGCCUGGCAGCAGAGAGUUUUCAAUGAGGUCACUGCCAGAGCUGCAGAGUUAUCAGAGGCAGCAGAGCCCAGAAUUUUAGCCAUCUUUGACUCUCAGGAGUUCCGUGCCAAACUAGCCUCCUGUUGCCCUUCCUUAGUGGAACUUCCAGCAAGAGCUCUCUUGGAGAAGUUGUCAGAGCAGCUGCAGGUUGCUGAAGUUGUUUCCGGGUUUCCAGCAGCACACGACCCAGCAGACGAGGGGAACACGCCCGGCAUGUCCAUCAGUUUGGGCUUGGAGGGCUCCUUCUUCCUGAAUGACUGGGAGGCCAUUUUGCUGCAUUCCAAGGAUCCACAAAAGGCGUGGCAUCAGAUUGUGGCCAAUUACAAGGCUUUUUCUGUGGAUCAUCCCCUUCAAGAAGUGAAAGUGCAGGAGUGGUUGAAUGGAUGCUCCGGCAUGCCAAUGCCCACAAAGUUCUUCACACUCGAUCAGUGCUACCGGCUGGCCGGUCUUCCCGUGACGAUGCGAUUGACAGCAGCGAAAGGCCUUGUGCAGUUUUCCGCUUGGACAACGAAUACCCUUUCCGAAGACGUUGAGAGUUAUUUCCUGGGCGCUAGAGCUGCGCCCACGAAAGUCCCAUGCCCUGCAGAGACGCCGCAAGUUUCUGCAGUCUAUGUGGCAGAUGGGGAAUGCCAUAGGUUUGUCACGCACAACAACACCAAGUCUUUCAGGGACCAGGACGUUGCUGAGACCUCGCAAUACAAGCUCAAGCCUUUCGGCCUUCCAGGUGCCCCAGCGACCCUACAGGAGGCGGCUGAGCGGCCAGUCUAUUCUAUGGUCAAUCUAAACAUGAUCGAUGCAGGAAGUCCCGUGUUUGGGGAUGUGUCUGCGGUCUUUGCCAGAAAGUACAUUUCUCAAAGCACCGUGCUGUCUCCCGUUGACACUGGCUUCUUCCAGGCGUACUGCAUCAACCGACAGGGUAUUCCCAUGCUCAGACUCUCCUGCAACUGCAGCGCGAUGACUGCUUUCAAGGAGUUGGGCACCUUUCAACACAAUCUUCAUCUAUUCCUUCAUAACCAAGAUUUCUGGGAGUCAGGUGGUCUCCUCCACUCCACAAUUCAGAGGCUGGAGCCUCCAUGGGGCUCCAACCCUGUCUCUGGAAGUUCCUUCCUCAAAUACUUCGAGGGGGCACGGCUAGGUAAGCUAGCUUAUCCUACUGCGAUCCGCUUUUUGAUUGGUUCUUUCCCGGUGCUGUUUGGCACGCCGCUGGGGGUAAGUUUGCAGACGUGGGCCCUGAAUCGCGGAUGGGUGUUGGUUUGGUCCCUCGGCCCCAAUGACAAGCGUCUGCUACACCCAACGACUGGUUUCGACUUUGGCCCAGUCUUGCAGAACCUGGAUUUCAAGGUCAACCAGCGCAUCCUUGAUCCUGUAGUCCUUGCAAAGACUACAGCAACAUCAAGCCUGAAACUGGACUCUUCAGUAGUCCAGAAGUUCCGUAAGUUGUGGGAGCACGUUGUGGCAUUGAGGAGCCAGGCGCAGGUAACCAACGCCACUAUGGCCCAGCAGUGGCUGGAAGCCACGGAGCAGCUCCCAGAGCUGUCGCUCCGUCCACUCAUGGCUGGGGACUGCACAAGGCAGCUCGAGGAUGUCGAGUGCGUGGGCGUCACCUUGGAGGGUUCCUGCAUUUGCUAUGGCUUGGAGGCAGCUGCUGUUGAAAACCUCGUUGUUUGA